AUGAUUGUCUACAUGAGAAGCCUGGAAACCGUUGCAAAGGUCCCGUCUUCGACCCGAUCCAACGUCCCAACGCCACGGGGGUGGUGCUGGGUCAGCUCUUCCAAUCAGAAGUGGGCGCACCACAUCGGGUUCCUGAAUCUGCUCGCGGACGCGUCUCCAGUCCGGCUGUAUGCAUUAGUCCUCCCGCUGGGAGAGUACCAAAGUUUGACUGGCGAAUCCGCUGGAGUGCAUGAACGUUCAGUCAAUUUCCCAUUCGUCGGACUCGAGGGUGCCUUACAGCCCACAGAAUGUAUGUCGCACACCAAGCCUGCAGCGGGUAUGCACAUUCCACAAUGGAUUCAGACCUUUCCAAAUUACCCGUCCAGCCAUCUAGGGCGGGCGUCGGACACUCGGUCGGUGGCAAGAGGUGCGGUAAGGACCAAGGAUGUCCCGGGACUUGGGAUGCAUUUCGUGCAUUGCCGGGUCGAGGUCGAGGGAUCGCAAGGUGAUCCCAACGCCAACCAUCUCUCCCCCCCGUCCUCGUACUUUGACGUGGAUUCCAAUGAGGCAGAGCCGGGAACCCUUGCCGUGGCGAACAUGAACUCAUUACCUCGAUCUCCAGACAGGGUAUCUUGCAGAGGCAGUACUUUUGACACAUAUGAUAUGGAUGAGAUGGGUACGGGUAGAACAUUCUGGACCAACACUGGUCAAGAUGGAUUUGCGUUCAUGUGUGAUUUGCGCGGUCAUCGCACUUACGAGUCAGUGGUCUAUCCUUGCCCGAUCAUCCUCGCGGAUUGCUUUGCAACCUUGUGCCAUGUAAUGUGA